AUGGCCUCCCACGACUCCCCCNNCUCGGACGAUGCGACCAACGCUCAGAACGAGAAGAUCAAGUUCAGAUUCUGUCGCGAAUGUUCAAACAUGCUCUACCCGCGCGAGGACAAAGAGACGGAUCAGCUCAUCUUCCAGUGUCGCAACUGCCAGUGGCCCACUGCUGUCGGCCCAACCUGUAUCUACCGUAACGAGGUCAUGGGCAACCUGAUCGAAACCGCAGGUGUCGUUACAGAUGUCGCUUCAGACCCAACAGUACGCCACUCCCAUGGGCGCAUCCACUUGAACCACGCUUACCCGAUCGUANNGCUGCCCCGUGUUGAGAGAGACUGCAACAACCCACGAUGCGGCGGAAGAGAAGCCGUCUUCUUCCAGAGUCAGAUGCGUAACGCUGAGACGGGCAUGAAGCUCUUCUACGUCUGCUGCGAGUGCGGCAAGACCACCACUUAA